AUGGCGGAUGAGCUCAGAGCUCAUAUCGAACAGGCAAAGUUGAGGAGAAGUAAGGUGAUUGCUGUGGAUUCAGAAGGGUCGUCUGGGGUAAGCAUUGGAUCAGAAGCCAAUGCAUCAGACUCUACUGAAGUUCUGGGAGGUCGACCUGAAUGCGAACCAAAGAAAAAGGUGAGGAAGGUCAUCGUUAAGAAAAAGAAUGUUUCUGAGAAGGAACGCGGUGAGAAGAAAACCGAGGGUAAGAAUGAUGCACAGCUUGCAAGAGCAUACUGGGAUCCAAACUCUGAAUACUACAAGUUCAACACCUACGACUGGGAUGCAUACAAUGCAAGAGUGAAGGAGCAGCUGAAGCAUGGUGACCUAUCAACAUCCACCGGAUCUCCUUCACCUGUUCCAAGCAUUGGCAGGGCCAGAAGUGAUGUGAGCCAUUCCACUGUGGGACCCAGUGCAAGUUUUGUGGCACUUCAGCUUCACAGGUCCAAAACUGGUGAACUUUCCCCGUUUCAGAAAAAGUUGGAGGCAGCAGCAGCACAAGAAGGCCAAGAGAUUAUGCAGAAAGCACUUGAGGAGCAAGCCAAAGCGAAAAAGAUGCUGGAAGAAGCACGGCAACUUUUGAUGCAGGCAGAGGAAACUGCAAACCAAGAGGCAACAGAAGCAUCGAGGUCUGAAGCAGAGAAGAAGGUAAAAGACAAUGAGCAGAAGAAGGAGGAGUCGUUGAGGAGUGAAGCCGAGAAGAGAGCCAAAGAAGAUGAACAGAAGAAACGCGAAGAUGCUCAGAAGGAGGAGGCGCUGAGGAUUGAAGCAGAAAAGGAAGCCAAAGAAGAUGAGCAGAAAAGGCUUGCAGAGGAUCAGAAGAAAGAGGCAUUGAGGAUUGAAGCAGAGAAGAAAGCCAAAGAAGAGCAAGAUGCACUACAGAAGAAACGCGAAGAUGCUGCAAAGAAAGAGGCACUGAGGAUUGAAGCAGAGAAGAAAGCCAAAGAAGAUGAGCAAAAGAAGCGUGAAAAGGAACAGAAGAAAGAGGCACUGAGGAUUGAAGGAGAGAAGAAGGCAAACGACGAUGAGCAGAAGAAGCGCGAAGAGGAACAGAAGAAAGAGGCGCUGAGGAUUGAAGCAGAGAAAAAGACCAAAGAAGAUGAGCAGAAAAGGCUUGAAGAGGAUCAGAAGAAAGAGGCAUUGAGGAUUGAAGCAGAGAAGAAAGCCAAAGAAGAGCAAGAUGCAUUACACAAACGCGAAGAUGAUGCAAAGAAAGAGGCACUGAGGAUUGAAGCAGAGAAGAAAGACAAAGAAGAUGAGCAGAAGAAGCGCGAAGAGGAAAAGAAGCAAGAGGCACUGAGGAUUGAAGCCGAGAAGAAAGCCAAAGAGGAUGAGCAGAAGAAGUACGAAGAGGAACAGGAGAAAGAGGAUCAGAAGAAAGAGGCAUUGAGGAUUGAAGCAGAGAAGAAAGCCAAAGAAGAUGAACAGAAGAAGGGUGAAGAUGCUCAGAAGGAGGAGGAACAGAAGAAAGAGGCGCUGAAGGCAAAAGACAAUGAGCAGAAGAAGAGCGAAGAUGCUCAGAAGGAAGAGGCACUGAGGAUUGAAGCAGAGAAGAAGAAAGCCAAAGAAGAGGAAGCCCAAGAGAUGAUUGCAAAAGCGACAGAGAUGAUGGCCAGAGCAACAGAAAUCAUAAAAGUGGCUGAGGCACAGAAAGGGGGAGACGACAAGAAUGGAGAUGACAUUCAGCCUGGGAAAGACACUGGAAAGACGAAAGCAGAGAAGCAAAAGGCUGAGGCCCAUGCAAGGUACAUGCGCAGCAGCCUGAAGACUCGACAUAGCUCAAAGAAACGCGGUGUGCGAAAGUGGCUGCUUGAACAUGAGAUGAACACAAAGUUUACAGAACCUAUCGCUGAAGCCAUGCGCUUACACAAGCGUACAGACCCAAAGCUGUUCGAGAAGGAAACCAGGUUUCAUCCAGAGCUUCCACAGACUGAGGAAAAGAAGGCAGCCAAGGCAAAGAAAGAGAAGAAGGAGAAGCCCGAGAAGACUGAGGCAGACCAAAAGGCAGACGAAGAAAAAAGGCAGCUCAAAGAAGCCAAGAAGGCAGGAUUUGAGAGGAGUGACAAGUUCAAAGCAUCGGUGAAGGAAGACUUUGACGAGAAGAAGCGAACAUGCGCCACCUCUGAAGAGAUCCAGGAAUGUGUUUCCGCAAAGCAGGAUCUCGAGAAGGUAUGUGAGCCGCUGAAAGUGCAAAAGGUCGUCUUAGCAUUACAGGUGCGUGUGUCAUGUGAUCACCUGCGGCUUGGAGUGAAAGGUCGUUUCAAGGUGCUUCACUGCUUCACGUGCAUAGGUGAUGCCUCCACUCCUUUUGAGCGAGAUAUCUGUGAAAAGCUUGCCUCCGGUGAAUCACAGGGAAACACCAGUGAAUUUACUUCCAAGCUUGCUGCCUACACUCUUGGCAAUGAAUCGCGUGAUUUCUUUCGCAACAAUCCUCUUCCACUGGAACCUUGCUACGUGAAGGUUCCUGUCAAGCUAUCUGAUGGUUCUGAGGGGGAAACAUCGCUUCCACUGCACUUGCCCUACGACAUUGUGAAAUACUUGAUCUGUGAUUGCGGGCUUUGGCUUGAUGACGAUUUAGUUUCAAACUACUGGUCUCACUUAGAGUUGGUGAAGGACAACCUGGCUGUGUCAACACAGGAAUUUCGAAACGCUGCUGGAAGGGUUUGGCCAAUUGGGUUUUAUGGUGACGAAGCUGCUAUGGGCCUCAUUCAUGCCCCGACCAAUCAGAUCUAUGGCUUGUUUACAAACCUUCCUUUGUUCCGACCAAAAAGUACAAGAUUGAGCCGCUUUCUGCUGUUCUCUGUGGAAAGUGAAAACAUUCUUUCAAUGGAAGCAACAUUGUUCCCAGUGUUGGAACUUAUCACUGAGUCUUUCAACAAGCUGAUUCGAUUUGGUUGCCAUGGUAUCCGCUUCCUUCUGACGGAAAUUCGAGGGGAUCAGGCAUUUUGUCACGUCCUCCAUGAGGUCCGCACUUUGCGGGUCAAUGCUCGCUUUGUUCACACCUUUCGUGAUGAGGAUUCCAUGAUGACUCUCAAACGAUGGAGCAAAAAUCAGAUGGCAAAGCCAGAGAAAAGCACAUAA